AUGUUACCGAGAUUUUCAAUUUUCCAACAAGAGUACAGCCUGGGUGGCUUAAGAACUCCGGUGGUCGAAUACAUGCUAGAAGCAAGAUUAAUGACUAUGUGGAUAAAGUUGCUUACUGCAGACAAUUUAUGGGCAAAAGUAGAACGAUCAUUAAUUUCUAAUAAUAUACGUGACAAAUGUAAUGUGAGCGUCAAAGACGCGUUAAACAGCACUUCAAUAAAUCUGAAAGGGUGGCCAGAGAGCUGGAAAAUAUAUGUUAAAGCUUGGAAGAAGUUAGAAGGAAGGGUGUGCACAAAUACAGAAGCAUGGCCAUGGUCACUGGCGGACAUAAGCCUUGCACAAUUAAAAGAAGAAGAAUAUUCAGUAAAAAAAGCCACAAAAUUUUUAAGAGGAAAAUUUCUGAAACUGACA